UUUUUUUCCCACCCAAAACCUUACACUUCCGCAAUGCGCCGCUCCCAGCUCGCCGUCCGAGUAUUAAAGUUGUCAUGUCGCCCAUUAGGUUCCCCAAAGCAUCACGCUCACUCGAAUCGAAAUCAGCGAGAAGGGCACAAGGAAAGCCAUACCCCCUAAAAUCAGCAAAGCCCUCCGGUCUGUUCUUUUUAUGCACUUGAUCUAGGGCAACAAUCAGCGGCUCCAGUUCCAUUUCAUUCCCGCCGAUCAUUCUUCGACAUGUCGCCGUCCGGGGCUGUGGAGAAGCAUGAGGAGGGCGAUGAGGCAGCCCUCGCUGGCGGUGAGCUGCUUUACUGUGGCAGCACGAUCUGGGAGACCAUGGGAAGGAAGACGGUGGCGACCGAAAGAAACCUUGUGUCGCCGACAAGACUUCGUAACCUUGUUGGGGUGGAUAUUCGCUUUGUCGCUUCCGGUUGCGCUUCCUGUCACUGUGUUGCUUUGGAUGUUGGAGGCCGCUGCUAUACUUGGGGACGCAAUGAGAAAAGUCAACUAGGGCAUGGUGAUACCCUAAAUCGAAGUCUACCAACAAUUGUUUAUGGAUUAUCAAAGCAUAAAAUAGUCAAUGCUGCUACGGGGAGAAAUCAUACUGUGGUCAUUACUGAUGAUAGAAAAUCAUUCUCAUUUGGCUUCAAUAAACAUGGACAGUUGGGAACUGGUUCUACGCGAAAUGAAAUUGAGGCAUUUCCAGUAGCAUCUUUGGUUUCUGAAGUCACAAAAGCUGCUUGCGGAGCUGAUUUUACUGCAUGGCUGUCAUCUGUGGAAGGAUCUUCAAUAAUAACUGCUGGUCUUCCACAAUACGGACAACUUGGACAUGGCACUGAUAAUGAGUAUAAUACAAAAGAAAGUUCAGUUAAAUUAGCUUAUGAGCCUCAGCCUCGUCCCCGAGCAAUAUCUUCACUGUCAGGAAAAACUAUCACAAAAGUUGCUUGCGGAACGAACCAUACAGUUGCUGUGGAUUCAGAUGGCUUUGUGUACACGUGGGGUUUUGGCGGCUAUGGAAGGCUAGGUCAUAGGGAGCCAAAGGAUGAAUGGGUACCCCGUCUUGUAGAAGUCUUCCAAAGGAAAAAUGUCCUUCCACAUGAUGCUGUUAUUUCUGCCGGUUCUGUUAAUUCAGCUUGCACUGGAGGUGGUGAUACCCAUAUGUAUGGUUUUUGAAAAAUUACUCAUCAUGAUUGGUUGUAUCCUUUGUCUUUUAACAGUGGAUGGAACAUUAGAUGCAUGGCAUCUGGUAACUUGCAUCAUGUUAUUGGUGCUGACGAUUCAUGUAUAAGUUGGGGGCAUGCUCAGUAUGGAGAGCUGGGUUAUGGUUCCUUGGGUCCGAAAACUUCUACAACACCCAAAAAGAUUGACAGUCUGGAGGGCAUGCAUGUCAAGAGUGUGGCUUGUGGACUUGGUCUUUCUCUGAUCGUUGUUGAUAGGGAAAAUAUUGGUGAUCGACUGGAUAAUUUGGAGAUCUAUGAUGGUGAGACUGCUGAAGGAGCUGUGGAGAGCAAUGCUGCUGCUGCUAGGAACACAACUAACAAAACUGAAUUGAAAUCAGCUUCCAAGAAAAGGAAGCAGUUGGAGGAUCCACCUGAAGAGUAUGAAGAGGAAGAACAUGAUAGUGAUGACUAUAAAGAUGAGGUUAACGGUGAAUCUGUUAGUACAAGGAGUAAACGAGGUGGGAAACGCUCCGGCAGGGGCCGCGGCAACCGCGGCAAGGGAUCAAAAAACAUAGCUGCAGAGGCUAAGAGUUCUGGUCGAGGAAGGGGACGUCCCAAGUCUGAUGACAAAGUCUUCUCUGGUCGUGGUAGGAAGAGAGCAAAGAGCAGAUGAUCUAAAGCUCAGGUAAGGUAAAGAGUAGAUGUUUGGUUCUUAUUAAACUAAUUUGGUUUAGGUUUAAACAACUCGAUUUGAAUCAUUUAGAAAUUUUCUUUUUCUGCCUAACUAUAAUUCUUACUGCUUUUUAAUGAGUCAGAAUUUCUUCACUUUUUUUUUUAUUUGGACAGCCAUACUACAUUAUGCUGUAUAAUUCCUCACAGAUGUAUCUUACUUCUGAUCUUUAGGAACUAUUUUCCUAACAUUUAAACUGAUAUCUUGAUGACUAAUAUAUUUAGAGCUUGCUUUUUCACUGAAGCCAGCCUUUUGAAGGAA